UUUGCGUCAUCAAUACGCGCGAGGUUUCUCCGUGGGCGUGUCGUUGUUCGUGUGCGACGCGGCGCUCAGCACCGAGAAAGCGCAGCGGAGAGCUGUCAAAAACAUCCUGCUAGAGAAGAUGGCUGGCUAACUAAGUUGUCCUGAAAUACAGUAUUAUUCCCACCAGGCCUUGGGCUUCUAAACAUCACAUAGAUAUUCCCUGUGUGUGUUUUCGGCAUCACUGUAACACAUUCAAGAGGAUCCAUGUCUUUUCUUCGUUGGGUUUCUGAGAAACUGAGUGUGGAGAGCCUGCGGGAUUUGGAGUUAUUUGGAGAGCAAGCUCAGGGACUCUCUCACAGGAAAGCCCAUGAGGACAGUCGGGAGAGUUUGACCUCCCUCCCCCGUCGAGACACUAUGGGCAGCUUCCUCCCUGACAGCAGCUCAUAUGAGCUCCUCACUGUUAUUGGUCGAGGCUUGGACGACUUGAUGACUGUGAAUCUAGCUCGAUACAGACCUACAGGGGAGCAUGUCGCCAUCCGACGGAUCGAUUUGGAGUCGUGCACUAAUGACAUGGUUACCUACCUGCAGGGCGAGCUACAUGUGUCAAAGUUGUUUCACCACCCCAGUAUUCUACCCUACAAAAGUGUCUUUAUAGCUGAAAAUGAGCUGUGGGUCAUCACACCCUUCAUGGCUUAUGGGUCAGCGAGAGAUCUUAUCUGCACGCAUUUUACAGACGGUAUGAGCGAGCUGACCAUCGCGUACAUUUUGCUCGGCAUGCUCAAAGCUCUCGACUACAUCCACCACAUGGGAUACGUGCACCGGAGUGUGAAGGCCAGCCACGUGUUGAUCUCUGCGGACGGACAGGUCUGCAUGUCGGGACUGCGCAGCAUCUUCAGUCUGAUCCGACACGGCCAGAGAGCCAAAGUGGUCCACGACUUCCCCCAGUACAGCGUCAAGGUGCUGCCUUGGCUCAGCCCCGAAGUACUGCAACAGAAUCUGCAGGGCUACGACUCUCGAUCAGACAUCUACAGUCUCGGCAUCACAGCCUGUGAAUUGGCCAAUGGACAUGUGCCCUUCAAAGACAUGCCAGCUACACAGAUGCUGCUGGAGAAGCUAAAUGGGACGGUGCCAUGUUUGCUGGAUACUACCACUAUCCCUCCGGAGGAGCUGUCACUGAAGCCGUCCCGCUCUGGUGCCGACUCCGGGAUCUGUGAGGGUCCAGGAGCUGGAGGGAUCCGACACUCUAAUGGGGAGCCGUCCUCCUCGUCUGGAGGACAUCCAUACAACCGGACGUUCUCCCCGCACUUCCACAGCUUCGUUGAACUGUGUCUGCAGCGAGACCCAGAGAAAAGACCAUCUGCCACCACUCUCAUUGGUCAUCCCUUCUUCAAACAGAUUAAACGGCGACCCUCUGAGGCGCUGCCUGAGCUGCUGCGGCCCGUGUCGCCCAUCACCAGCUUUGAGAGCUCCCAGCAGCAGGACUCCCCCUCUGGACUGGCCAGCUUGGAGUCGGGUCUGAGCCACCUGGAGGUGGACGACUGGGACUUCUGACAGCGGAGGACUCGGCGGGGAGACACUCGUAGGAUGAGAAACUCUCUGAGCAGACAGGACGAGAUUCGUUUUUCUAAUUGUCCCCUUGUAAAUAACACAAAUCUCAGACUAAAGGGAGUCGCUGCUCUCAGAGAGAGGUUAAAAGCCAGCAGCCAUCUUGCCUCUUUUUGAUGUCUCACACGCUUACGUUCUCUAGAUGUGCACAGACUCUUGCACUGCACUGAUGGCCUCUUUCUCACCAACACACACACACACACCUGUUUACAGAUUGUACAUUACAAGCCCCCUGGAGCCAAAACACAACAGGACUCCUCUGCUCCUCUUGCUGCUACUGAGGUGUCAGAGGAGGGUCAUUGGAUGUAGAUGUAGCCUAAAGAUUCUCAUGAAACGGAUCAGUGGGAAGCUGCUACUUAAUAUUCAGAGGGGACGCUCUACCUCUUGUGUGAUCGCGGCCGCUUGAUGUGGCCCAUCUGCUCGGUGAGACCACCAUAAGGUUGCAUGACGGUCCUCACGGCUGACUCAGUUAGCCCUCUGCAUCACAUGGAAGGUCUCAUGUAGGGUCAACUAAACGAACAGCAUGUACACACAUUUCUUAUCUCUCUGCCUGUGUUACAGUAUAAACCACAUCUCAUGCUUCAGGCCUCUCUUUUGUUGCACAGAGGUUUAAAUUAACACCUGUUAGUUUAACCUUCCAAGCAUAGAAGUAUGUAUUUCCUUGAACUUACUCUGGGUGUUUCUCAUGUCAAAAGUGAAUGUUUUACUGGUGCUUGUUUUGUCUGCAUGUACAUUUGAUAAAAAGAGGGCAGAGCAAAGUGUUGCAAAUAUCACACUUGACUUUUAAAAAUAAACUUGGUUCGGUUUAAUGUUGAAACUUGAUGACAUCAAACAAAGAGGCUGUAAACCUUCUAAAAACUUAUUUUAUUCAAAAUUUACACAGACAAACACAUAAGGGGAUGGAUGGAGAGGUUCACAUGUUGCUAAUCUUCCUCGUCAGAUGGUGGCUGGUCUGUUGCGGCAUGAUGUUUCUCCAUCUUUGCCAUUAACUCUGAAAAUGACAAAAAAAAGUUAUUAAUGGGAAUCAUUCAGUUGCACUGAUUACAUGAAUUACUUAAUGUGUUUUAGUUUCUCUUUUUUUUUUGACUGAGCCUGCUUUAUGAAGUUACUUUACUAUUUUUUUUUCAGUUUGGGAGCAUUGUUCUAUCAUUUUAUGUUUAGAUCCUGUAAUGCUUUUCCCCCAAACCCGUGCAGAUGUGCUCUGCUACUUCUUCAAAGUGUUUAUAUUCACUCAGAUUUCCUUUUGCUGCACAAAUGUCCUCUGUUUCAAACUGAGUGAGUCUCCUCGCAAUCAGGAUGUCUCUGUGCACUCACAGAACUUCUAGAUGGAUACUUCAUCGAUCCUUUUCAUGAAAUUACUUUGCUGCUGCAGCUACAAUCACAGUCAAGAGCCCACAUUUAACACUGAACACGAAACUUUUCUGACACAGUAACUAUUCACAGGAAAUGUGCUAAAAACUUAUGUAUUGUGCCAAAUAUGUAAAAAAAACAAUAAUGAUAUAAGACAGCAGAGCUUUUAGGGAAAUUAUUACCAAAUAUGAACGUAAAAUAAAGAAAUUAUGCUCUCAAACUAAAAGAUCACGCUUGAGUAAAGACAGGAAAAUAGCUUUACACUGCUUACCUUUAGCAGGGUUGAAGACUCCAUUGGUUUGAGUGUUGCACACAUAGCAGCGCUUGGACUUGCGGUAAUGCUGAAGGGCACAGGUCUCACAAAAAUAAUGUCUGCACCUGAAAGACAUUUGACGUGUUAACACACUGCAGCUGGUAACAAAGUUCUGCAUGAUGCAUAAAGAAAACACAAAGAAGAGACUUACUUUGUGACAAUUGGAUUCUUAAAGGAUUCCCGGCAGAUGAAGCACCUAAAGGGCAUAUCCUCCUCAUCGCUGCUCACCUCGUAGUUCUCAUCAUCUGGAUGGAAACGCAGUGUAGUUCAGAAAGUGCUUAUGUACAUGAUGCAGAAAAAAAAACACCCUCUUUAACUCACCAUUGGCUCCAUAUCUGCCCUCUUCCAGUUCCCUCUCAAUCUGCCAGCCAUGUUUGUAGUCUGACCUGUCGUGAAGGAACUUGCAGCUGUCUGAAAGCAGAAAAGAAAGAAAAAUUUUAACAUGAAAAAGUUGGUUAUUCAGCCGACGACUGAUCCUUUAAUAUUCCAAAUCUCACCUCCAAAACCACAGAAACCAGUCUCCUUGUAGUCUUUGCAUAUAUCUGGCUGGUAGUCCCACCUGACUGUGGCUCUCAGGUGUUCAGGGGCUCUGAUCGGUCCUUUUCUGUUGAAGAGAUUGAACAGAAUUAUCGGUUAUAGGGUCCACGGGUGUAGAAUGAUUUAUGAACGCAUGUUAUGAACAUGGCUCAGCUUAGUUCUCACCUGACCAUGCCUGAGGAGGCAUUUCCCAUGGUGGUGUCUUUAGGCUUGAUGAAUUUUUGGUAGUUGUUGAUGCCGCGGUAGAUUUUGUCAUCUUCUUUACCUGUCAGCUCCUAUUAAAGGUUUUGGGUAUGAUUAUUUGA